CUCUUGACCGUUUCAAAUUCACAAAACUAAAUACAUUAUUUUGCUUGGUCAUAUGUUCAUGUAUCAUUUAUCAGCCUUGUAGGUUCCUAAAUUUAUGUUAAACCAUUUAUUAUUGUACUUAAAACUUAUCUAAUUUUAAUCUAUUUUUGUAUUUAAAUUUGUUGUUUGUCAUGUAAAUGAUGAAUAAAAAUGAUGUGUUAAACAUUUUUUCAUCAGAGUGUUUUAGUUAGAAGAAAAAUCACAAUAUGAGUUCUAAUUAUUCAUCUUUUGUUGGUGUAAUCUUUGUUUUUAAUUUGAUUAUUGGUCCAGGAUCAUUAACGCUUCCUACAGUUGUACAGAAAACAGGAUGGUUAUUAAGUAGCAUAAUAAUAGCUGUUUUGGCAUUUAUCAGCUAUGUUACUUUUACCUUUAUCAUUGAAUCAAUAACUAUAACAAAUGCAAUAGUACAAUUACGUAAACUGCAGAUGAUGAAAAAUGUGACGAGACAGUUAAAAGCGUGUAAAGACAUGUUAACACAUAUUACUACAGUUAACUAUGAUAGAGGUUCAACAGCUAGUACAGAUAGUUUUAACAGUGAAGAUGAAGUGCCAAUAUUUGAUAACCCAGCUUUGGCAUCAACUAGUAAUCUUAUGGAUUUUCCUCCUGAAUCAGUUGAAUUAUUAUCACUGGAUAAUAGAAUUGAAAUGGGAGAAAUGGUUAAUGUUUUACUACCACCUUUUGCCAAAGUACUAUUUUUCAUUUCUUUAAGUGGUUAUUUAUUUGGUGACAUGUCCAUAUAUUAUAAAGCUAUUGGACGUUCAUUAGUAGAUUUUACCUGUAAUAACAGUAAUAAUAAUACAAAUGAGUCAAGUUUAUGCUGGGAAAAUUACUCUUUUACUAGACAUGAGGUUUACUUGGCUUACUUGGGUCUCUACAUUAUAUCAUUUGGUCCAUUUACAUUUUUUAAUGUGCAAAAAACUAAAUAUUUACAAGUAAUUUCAUUUGUUAUGCGUAUUACUGCUAUGUUUACUAUGUUGUCUCUUGCUACAAUACGUAUCAUCACACCAAUUGAAGAUAAAGGAAAUCCUCCAGCAGUUUUUUUCCCAGCAGUACCCCAACUUAUUGGUGCAUCUAUUUAUGCUUUUAUGUGUCACCAUUCAAUACCAUCAGUGAUUGCUCCAGUUAAAAAUAAAAAUAAAAUUUUAAUAAAAAUUGCAGCAGAUUUUUUGUUUAUUUAUAGUUUGUACAUGGGUCUAUGUAUAACAGGAUCAUAUGCAUUUAAUAAUGUUAACGAAUUGUACACUAUAAAUUUUACACCUACACAAAGUACAGGAUUAUUAUACAAAGCAAUUGAUUCAUUUUUAAUACUCUUCCCAGUUCUUACAAUUAGCAUUAGUUUUCCAAUUAUAGCAAUUACACUACGGAAUAACCUUCAAGUAAUGCUUCUUCCUGAUGAUGCUCACUGGGUUUGGAGAAAAAUUAUAUUGCCAUUGAUUUCAUUAAUUACUCCCGUCCUGUUGGCAGCUUUUGUUGCCGAUCUUGAAGAUUUAGUAUCAAUAGUUGCUAUUUAUGCUGGUACUGGUAUACAAUAUGUGAUUCCAGCAUUGUUGGUCAUAGCUGCUCGAGCUGAAAUUCCCCAACAAGUGGCUGGGAUAAAGAAUGAUUACUGUUCACCUUUCAGGUCAAAUUAUUGGCCUCUUGGUAUACUUGUUUGGUCAGUGAUAUGUGUUGUUCUAUUAUCUUUGUUUUUAAUUAAUAAACUGUUCCAUUAGACUAUGAAAAUAUUAUAA